CUGUGACUCAGGCCUCUCGUUGUUGACAUUUGUCUUGUUCUAAAGGUACAUUACCUUGCCUUGCAUAUACACCUCCUUUUCUCCUCCUACGAUACCCUCCCUCUCGUCUCCUUUUCUCUCCCCUUCGUCUUACCUUUUGGCGUCUGUAUGAAUCUCUUUCGACAACGUCUUAUUCGAUCCAAAAUCCCCACUCCGUUCUCAACGCCCCGACUGCGACCCCUCCAUCGAUUGUAUUCGUCUCUAUCCAGCUCCAACACGAGCACAAUGGAGUCGCUAAAGCUCUAUAACUCGCUCAAGCCUGGCGCUCCAGUGCCGUUUGUUCCUAUUGAGAAGGGCAAAGUUACCUGGUAUGCUUGCGGUCCUACUGUGUACGACAAGAGUCACUUGGGCCAUGCUCGCAACUAUGUCUCUACAGACAUUAUUCGUCGCAUUCUGAUGCAUUACUUUGGCUUUGAUGUCAAGUUUGUCAUGAAUAUUACCGACAUCGACGACAAGAUCAUCAUCAAGGCACGACGACAACGAUUGCUCGAGCUCGAGAAGAACAAGAACUACACAAAGGACGAACUUCGAGAUCUGGCCCUGGCCGCUUUCCGGGCAUACGCUAAGAGCAGCCUGCCUUUGCUGCUAAAGGACGGAGAGGACAUCGAUGCGACCAACUAUGCUCAGCGCAGAGAGGCAGGAUAUGGACACGUGCUUGCGGGCGGCACCAUUUCUGGUGAGGGAAAGCCUGGCGACGAUGAGGCCAAGGUCAAAAUGCACCUCAGCAAUAUGACUGCUGCUGCUGAAGCUAUCGCUUCUGGCGAGAUCUUCCCCGGCACCGACGAGAUUCUAUUGCCCUUCCUCGAUUCGCUUUACAAGGAAACCAUUGACACGAGGGAUCAGACAAUGUUCACAGAUCUGACUCAGAGCAUGGAGAAGCUAUUUAUGGAUGACAUGGAUGCGCUCAACGUGCUGCGACCUGACGUUAUCACUCGAGUUACCGAGUACGUUCCCCAAAUUGCCGAUUUCGUCAAAAGAAUUGUUGACAAGGGAUUCGCAUACGAAUCUGAGGGAUCUGUCUACUUUGAUAUCUCUGCGUUUGAGCAGGCCGGAAAUACUUAUGCGCGACUGCGUCCUGACAACCGAAAUGACAAGUCUCUCCAGGAGGAAGGCGAGGGUUCCCUCUCAAAAAACCUUGGUGGAAAGAAGAAUCCCGGCGACUUUGCUCUGUGGAAGAAGUCCAAGGCUGGCGAGCCCUUCUGGCCUAGCCCUUGGGGAGAUGGACGUCCUGGAUGGCAUAUUGAGUAAGUUCAAAUGAACCAAGGCAACUGAGUAAUGAGUUAACAAGUGAAUUCAAGGUGCUCGGUUAUGUGCAGUGAUGUUCUAGGAGCAACAAUUGACAUCCACUCUGGAGGUAUCGACCUGGCAUUCCCUCAUCAUGACAAUGAGUUGGCACAGAGCGAGGCUUACUUCUGCGAGCAUGGUAAGGGCGAGCACACAUGGGUCAACUACUUUAUCCACAUGGGUCACUUGUCGAUUUCUGGAUCCAAGAUGUCCAAGUCUCUCAAGAACUUCCAAACUAUUCAGGAUGCAUUGGCUACGAACUACUCUUCAAGAGGAAUGCGAAUUGUGUUUUUGAUGGGUCGAUGGAACGAUGGUGUUGAAAUUUCACCGGAUAUGCGAUUGCAAGCUGACAACUGGGAGUCAACCAUCAGCAACUUCUUCAUCAACGUCAAGGCAUUGCUGGCGGAGGCUGGUAUUUCACAUGAUGUCAAGUCUCUGUCUCUCAGCGCAGAUGGCAAGGCCAGUGAGGGUCUCUUGGCUGAGCUCGAGCAAGCCAAGAAGGACUUCGAGGCUGCUUUGGUCAACUCAAUCGACACACCAAAGGCUAUGUCUGUUAUCCUCAAGUUGGUCAACACUGCCAACGUGCACUUGAGAGACAACAAGGACGCUGAUCUUGUGGCUCUUGAGUCUAUUGCACGCUGGAUCACCAAGAUUGUGGGCAUCUUUGGUCUCGAUUCGAAUGCUUCGCCGCCAUAUGAAGGCCUUGGCUGGGCCACAGUCAUCGCCUCAGACGUUGAGCCAAAGACAGCCGUUCAGCCCUACGCCGAGGUCUUCACCAAGGUCAAGUCGGAUGUUUCUGGCUUGUCUCUAGAGAGCGCCGAGAUUUCUGCAUUGCUUGAGCAAGACCCUACUGCUGAGUUCGAGUCGAUCGCUUCUGGUGGCUCUCGCGACCCUGAGCAAUUGGCUUUGCCUUAUCUUCGUGCCGUCUCUAAGCUUCGAUAUGAGCUGCGUCGUAUUGUUUCUAACCAAGCACCCGAAACGAAGAAGGCUAUUCUUUCCUUGACAGAUCGUAUUCGCGACGAGGAUCUCACAAACCUAGGCGUUUACUUGGACGACAGACCUGACGGCCAAGCCUCCCUGAUCAAGUUCAUCCCCGCUGCUGAACUGAUUGCUGCGCGUGAAGAGAAGGCCGCCCAAGCUGCUGAAAAGGCGCGAAAGAAGGAGGAGGCUCGUCUUGCACGUGAGAAGGCCGAUCAAGAAGCUCGUGAGAAGGCCAAGGUCAGACCCGAGGAUCUCUUCAAGGGUGAUGAGAGAUACAGUGCCUGGGAUGAGCAAGGACUGCCUACUAAGAUGAAAGAUGGCAGUGAUGUGCCCAAGAGCCAAUUGAAGGGUUUGAAGAAGCAAUGGGACCGACAGAAGAAGGCGCACGAUGAUCUCAAGGCUAAGGGAUUGUUGUAGAAAUGGGAAGUGGUGUUGAAGUGGGUAACCUAUCUAGUAUCUAGAAGGAGGAGUUCGGGGGCGAAAACAAAAGCGUUUCAAGACUUGAUUAUUGCACAUUGACAUUUCUCACAUGAAUGGCCAUGCCUGGCUGCAUGUCGUCGCACGCUACUGUGAUAGGAAUGCAACACACAUUGACUUGAGAUGGGGGUUAAAUGUCGUGAUAGCAUGGUGGCAUUGAGCAAAC